CCUUGUAUAGGUUCUACUCAACUGUCAGCAGUUUCUUCGUGCCAGAUCCUUCGCGGCCAACUCCCCUCUCUUUCCUCUGGUGUUUACUGGAUCGACCCAGACGGUGGAUCCCAGGGCACGGCUUUCAGGGCCUACUGUGACAUGGAAACAGAUGGAGGGGGCUGGACUCUUGUGUGGAGCUAUAAAUUCACUGAUUACGAUACGUUUUCUUCGAGUUUAAAUGCUAUUACACCGAGGCCGAACUGGCAGAUAAAUUCUGCUCUCAACGUCCCUGUCUCGGUAACCCCGCCGUUGGGUGAAACAGACUUCAACGCCAUGAAUUUCUCCAUAUGGAAACAACUCGGCAGACAGGUCCUCAUCAAAAGCAACAUAAACAACUGGCUGGUUUGUCAUCCGGGAACUGGAAGCUUGGUUGAUUGGCAGGAAGGGAGCGUCAAGUGUCAGGUCGUUAAAAACGUGACUGACACGUGUCAAGAUUCGCCAGCGCCAUCUAGGUUUGUGCCGAUUCAUAGUCAGACCUUUGGACCGAUCUUUUCCUCCUCCAACAUUUAUUAUUAUUUUGACGGUUACACAUUGAUGCACUGGCCUACCCAUGAUCCUUGUGGAAAAAACGAACUCAACCAUCUGAAGAAUGUCGACAAUCCACACGGAAACAUUUUCAUUCGAUCUUGA